AUGGAGCCCGCCUCGUUGCCACUGGCGUCUGCCGACCCAGUACAUCCAUCCGUACACUCACCAAGUCAGUCGCCCGGAUGCCCACCCACCAAAACGAAUUUGUCCUCGCUGCCACCGGGUUUCUCAAACAACUUAGACGGGGACAAGCAGCCACUUCCGAAACUACCAGCAGAAGCCGGGCUUCGCGCCUCGAUACCUCCCGGAGCACCGCCUUCGCCCUUAUCACUAAGGCAAUCGCAGCCACUAUCCCCUGAGAGUGUCGCUUCGUCGAUGACCAGCGUUCCUAAUGCGGAUCCAGAGACUCUAGAAGCUGCAAACACUCUUCUGAGCCUCAGACACCCACGCCUGUUUGAUCCGCAAACAUCAAGCCAUCGUCAGCAUACGCCCAGGCCACUCCAAGAACUGUUGUCGUCAUCACCGCGCCGACUCAGACCGGCUCAUUCAUUGCAAUUUAAUUCCAAAGCAGAUCCACCUGACCCGGACGUGUACGACUCGGAAGAAACAAUCGAUCAGCCGAUCAAUCACACUAUGCGGUUUCCAAGUUCCACAAGGGGAGACAAGGUGGUCCCACAGAGCAGUAGCAGAGGUGUCAAUGCGAAAUCCCGAUCGAGCUAUGAGAGUUACUUGGACGCAAGUAGAAGAGACGCUCAAAUCGACCAGCAUCCAUUGGCAGAAGAGUUUCGUCAGAAGUCUCUGAUAGAGCGAAAGGGGGUAGAUGCUGAUCCAGACGCACAAAGAAUCGAGCGGGAUAUGGCCGUUACUGCCGGCUUUCCCCAUGGCAUGCCUGCAGACAAGGACGGAGGCGAUCGGUACAUGGGCGCAAUCCUCGAGGGGAUAUCACGUACAAGGAUUGAACGACACGGCCACUGGCCCCAGUUAGCUGCUGGUGAGAAGGCCUUGGAUCAGAUGAGGAAGGAUGUGCUGCCAAACAGCCACGAGAAACGCCCAAGCACUCUGCUUCGACAAGAACAAUCACGUAACCGCCAACAAACGCGGAGAUCACAGAAAGAGCAACCUGGCCAUACGGCAAAUCGUGUGUCUCCCAGCGACGAGUCAGACGCAGGCCUGAAUCUGGCGGAUGACGAGAGGGAAUCUGGGAGACAACUGGCGUCGACCGAGCAUACUCCUUCAACAUCAAGCCAGGCAAGCUUCACGCUCGACGAACCAGCGAUGGAACUGAGGCCCAGCAAUACAGCAGGUAGUGAGCCUAGGAAAAGGCGGAAACGUGAGAGUGACAACCUGGCAACCGACCUGGGCGAGGCGUGGGCUGUUCAUGUUGAUCCGAAAGGCGGCCGACCCAAGAAAGUGCCCCAAAGAGAUCUCUAG